AUGGCAGUCACAGAUGUGGCUAUUGGAGUGAUCUUCUUAUCACAGACUAUCAUUGGAAUUUUGGGAAAUUCCUAUCUCCUCUGCCACUAUCUGUUGUUUAACUUCAGGGGAUGCAGGCUAAAGACCACAGACCAUAUCCUGAUGCACUUGAUUACAGCAAACACCUUAAGUCUGCUGUGUAAAGGUGUGCCUCAGGCAAUGGCAGCUUUUGGUUUGAAAGACUUCCUCUGGGAUAUUGGGCGUAAACUACUUUUCUAUCUCCACGGGGUGGGGAGGACAGUGUCCAUCAGCACCACCUGCUUUCUGAGUGUCUUUCAGGCCAUUGUUAUCAGCCCUGUGGACUCCACAUGGGCAAAGUGUAAACUGCAAGCAACCAGAUACAUUGGUUCUUCCACAUGUCUGACCUGGAUCCUGUCCCUUCUUUUAAACAUUGCUUUUCCUUUGCACACGACUGGAAAAUUUAUCAAUAUAAACAUCACUAGUCUAAAAGACCUUGAAUACUGUUCUGCUGCCCGUCAUGACAAAGUCAUUGACAUCCUCUAUGCAAUAUUAUUCUCAGUCCCUGAUGUGUUUUUCACAUUGCUGAUGCUUUGGUCCAGUGGCUCCAUGGUUUGCAUCCUCUACAGACACAAGCAGAGAAUGAAGCACAUUCAUAGAAGCAACUACUCCCCGAGGUCCUCCCCUGUGUCCAGAGCCACAAAAACCAUUCUGCUCUUGGUGAGCACGUUUGUCUGCUUUUACACAGUUUCCUGCCUCUUAGAUAUUCAUUUAACUCUGGUUUAUCAUCCCACAUGGUUCAUGCUAAAUGCUGCCUCAAUUGCCUCUGGGUGUUUCCCAACUGUGAGUUCCUUUCUGCUGAUGAGCAACAACUCCUGUGAGCCUUCACUCUGCUUUCAAAGUGCAAGGAAUAGAAAAUACCAAUCAUAA